GCUUUCAGAUUCUUUGAAAAAUGUCUAUGUUGUCAACAGCUUGCAAACGAGUAUUAUUCCCGCGUGUUGUCAGAAGCUCCCGUAGAUGUUUUUGCUCCUCAGUCGUGAAAACAUCACAGCAAUCUGCAGAUAGGGAAGCGACAUCUACUGAACAUAAACUUCCCACUGUUGAAGAAGUUUCAACCCUCAAUUCUGAAAUAGAAUCAAUGAAAGAACAGCUUUCGAAGGAAACGGAGCGUUCUAAAGAGUUGGAUGAUAAAUAUAGACGUUCAAUAGCUGAAAAUGAAAACCAAAGAAUUCGAUUGAGCAAGAAAAUUGAAGAGGCUAAAAUUUUUGGCAUCCAGAAGUUCAGUAAAGACCUUCUGGAAAUCUCAGAUACUUUGGGGUUAGCACUUGAAAGUGUUUCCCAAGAUGAGUUGAGCUCUAAUGAACCUUUGAGGAAUUUGUUCAAUGGCCUCAAAAUGACAGAAGUUCAGUUACAGAAAGUGUUUUCGAAACAUAAUUUGUUUAAAAUUGACCCGAUUGACCAACCCUUCAAUCCACAUGAGCACGAGGCAGUUUUUUACCAGCCAAUCGAGGGCAAGGAAAGUGGGACUGUUAUCAAUGUGCAGAAAGUAGGCUUUAAGUUGGAAGACAGAGUUAUUCGACCUGCUAUUGUCGGAGUUGCUAAGUAAAUUAUG